AUGCGAAUCCCACUGGAGCUUCUCCAGCUCAUCGCCAACGCCGUUCCCGACGAUGAAAGGCAAAAAUUGUUUGCGCUCGCUCAAGGCUGCCAUCGGUUUGCAGCGAUCGUACAGCCUGUCAUCUUUCGCAAAGUCUCCCUCGCUGCUCGCCACUGGGCGCAUUCAGGCAACAGCCCAGCACACAAACUCAUACGUCUCUUGAACGAUUCUCCGCAUAUUGCGCCAUUGGUGAAGGAACUAUGUAUCAUCGAGGGCGACGCAUAUAUGGGGCGUAGACUUCACGCAAUGAAACAUCCACAUGGCACGACAUACGGUUGGAUCACGGAUGGCUGUCGGGCAUUGUCCUUAGUUCUUCCUAUGCUCACGAAGCUCGAGCGUAUCAGCAUGGAGACCGUCAACUCGCCGUCUCGCACCUCCAAAUUGGCACAUUACCUCCCUUGGGGUGAUCUAAGGGACUCGUUCAAGUCAGCACUGGAGAACAUUGCCCCUCAACUGAGGUUUUUAUACCUCCCUGACAUCUCGAUUGCCUCUGUGCCAGAAUUGCAAACUCUAAUCGCUUUGAUGGAACGCACUCAUAACCCUGCGCUCCCGCAGUUAACUCUGCUCGUCAAACAAACGAAAGUGUCCCCGUUGCAGACGCUGCAGGUCAACUGGCGACCAAAGCCGCAAUCGUUGAAACUCUCAGAUCAGCCGACCUAUCCGAUGCUUCGGUUUCUCUCGUCUUGUCUGGAUACAUGCGGGCUUACCCACCUUUCUCUCAAACUCUGCCAUUCGGACGAGCUGAAUGGCCUGCUGCCAAAGGUCUUCCCUCAAAAUGACAUUAAGCAUCUACGCAUCUGGUUCACAGAUGACUCACACAUACCCCAUCAACUUCCCGAUAUUGCCGCCUGCUUUCCCCGUCUAAUUGAGCUCUACCUCUGUUGUCAGUUUGACCUUGCUCUGAUAGGCCAAAUGUACGAAAACUGCAUGUCUAUCCCUUCCCUCCGACCGUCUGGCGUAACCAUUGAAAGACCCGUUGGUUCCCUUCCUUGGGGAUACGAGGAUGAGCAGCUGGCGCUAUGGGAGUUUUUUGUGAACGCUCUUCGCCGAGAAGGACCCACCGACAAGGGGAUCGUAUUCCGAUUGAAUAAAUGGGACUCAUCCAAGUCUGCGCGACAACGAGGUGGUCGAUAUGGGCGGAAAGUGCGGGACUGGCUGCGCAAACUCGAUGCAAAAGAGGAUCUGAUCAGGUUCGAAGUCAUUUCUGAGGAAGACACUUUUCUCGCAGAAUAUCAGGCUCAGGGUUGA